AUGGCUUUAACCGAAGGAAGAAUCGUAAGACGAAACGACCCUGGAACAAAACGAAAGGACUGGUCAAAAUGGCCCACACUUCCAUUCGAGAACAUGGAUUCUAUUUUAAAUGUCCAACAAUAUAUUCAACAACUGAUUGAUUCGAAUCCUUCUGCUAUUGAAGUUAUUUUAACCCCACCACCUGAGCAGGAUGAAGGCGUAUGGAAAUACGAGCACCUGAGGCAAUUCUGUCUCCAACUUAAUGGAUUAACCUUGUUACUACAGGAGGAAUGUGUCCCCGAGACAUGUGUCCAAAUGACAGCAACUGAGCAAUGGAUAUUCCUGUGUGCUGCUCAUAAAAAUCCUAAUGAGUGUUCCGCCAUAGACUACACAAGACAUACUUUGGAUGGCGCCAACACAUUGUUGAAUAGUAAUAAAUAUUUCCCUAAUCGUUUAAGUAUCAAAGAAUCUUCAAUUUCAAAAUUGGGAUCAGUUUGUCGAAGAGUAUACCGCAUAUUCUCCCAUGCCUACUUCCAUCACCGAAAACUGUUCGAUGAGUUUGAGAACGAGACACACUUAUGCAAAAGAUUCACCACAUAUGUCACCAAAUAUAAUCUGAUGUCACCUGAACACUUGAUCGUACCCAUGUUACCUCAAUAA